GGUUCUUGAGAGAGAAGGAAGGGAGAAAUGGCAGCAGCAACCUUGUCUUUCCUCUGCUUCUUUCUUCUAGUAAUUGGCAUGGCCUUCUUCAAGGGUCAUGGCGUCGGUGUGAACUGGGGGAAGAUGGCGACUCACCAGCUCCCAUCGGACAUGGUGGUCAGGAUGCUAAUCGACAGCGGCUUCGACAAGGUGAAGCUGUUCGACGCGGAUGCCGACACGCUCGCGGCCCUCGCGGGGACCGAUAUCGAGGUGAUGGUCGCGAUACCAAAUUACAUGCUUGAGGGUCUGAGCGGCGAUCCCCAGGCCGCCGUGGAUUGGGUGGAUGAGAACGUCACCUCGUGGAAUUACACAGGCGGCGUAAACAUCAGAUAUGUGGCAGUAGGCAAUGAGCCCUUCCUCCAGACAUACAAAGGCAUCUAUAAUGAGCUCACUUUGCCAGCACUGAUGAACAUUCAGAAAGCCCUCAAUGAUGCUGGAUUGGGAGGUCGUAUCAAAGCCACCGUCCCCUUCAAUGCAGAUAUAUACAACUCUCCAGGAUCAAAUCCCAUCCCCUCUGCAGGUGACUUCCGUUCAGACAUCCGAGACUCCGCAAUCCAAAUCAUACGAUUCCUCUCAGAAAAUGAUGCGCCCUUUGUUGUCAACAUAUACCCAUUCCUCAGUCUCUAUGACGACGAUCACUUCCCGAUGGACUUUGCUUUCUUUGAAGGCACCAACAAGACCAUCAAGGACGGCGACGCAGUAUACACCAAUGUUUUCGAUGCCAACUUCGACACCCUGGUCUGGUCCUUGAAGAAGGCCGGCUACCCUGACAUGCCCAUCAUAGUGGGUGAAGUCGGUUGGCCGACCGAUGGAGAUAAGAAUGCAAACACGGAAAUGGCCAAAGAGUUCAACCAAGGAUUGCUUCAACAUCUGAUGAGCGGCAUGGGGACCCCAGCAAGGAAGGGAAGCAAUAUUGAUGUCUACUUAUUUAGUCUUAUUGAUGAAGAUGCCAAGAGCAUAGCACCGGGUAACUUCGAGAGGCACUGGGGAAUCUUCGAGUACGACGGGAAGCCAAAGUAUGAAUUGGACUUAUCAGGUCAUGAAGAAGAUGACAAUCUGAUGAGUGCUCAUGGGGUGAAGUACUUGCAGAGAAGAUGGUGCAUUCUUGAUCCAGACGCUACUGACCUCACCAGCUUGCCAGGAAGCAUCAAUUUUGCCUGUACUUUCUCAGAUUGCACUUCCCUCGGCUAUGGAUCAAGCUGCAAUCAUUUGGAUCUUCGUGGGAAUGCGUCCUAUGCUUUCAAUAUGUACUACCAGGUGAGGAACCAGAAGGCUGGUGACUGUGAUUUCUCCGACCUGGCAAUGAUAACUGAUGAGGAUCCAAGCGACGAGAAGUGCCGGUUCCCGGUGAUGAUUGCUUAUAGUUCGGUGGCAGCACCAGAAAGAAGAGUGUUGGAUCUGUUAGUAGCUAUACUCGGAGGGCUUUCAGCAUUUCUUUUCUUGUAAGAGGGAGGUGGUAGCCUUAAAGCAAAUGCUUAGUUUGGAUUUGCUGUUGCUUUUACAGUUCUCAUUGAUUAGAUGUAAU